AUGGACAGCUCCUUCCCCGCCAACUCCAGCGCCUGCGGCCCCUUCGCGCCUCCCUCCGCCGGCUGCCCUCCCCUGCCGCCGGGCGUCUGGGGCAACCUGUCCGGGCGCCCGGAGGAGCCCGGCUGGAACCAGUCCGACCCCUGCAGCGGCACCAACAGCAGCCAGGGGGGAGGCAGCGGCAGCCCGUGCCCGGCGAGCGGGGUCAGCCCCUCCAUGAUCACAGCCAUCACCAUCAUGGCUCUCUACUCCGUCGUGUGCGUGGUGGGGCUCUUCGGAAACUUCUUGGUCAUGUAUGUCAUCAUCAGGUACACCAAAAUGAAGACUGCCACCAAUAUCUAUAUUUUCAACCUUGCCCUGGCAGAUGCCCUAGCAACAAGUACUCUGCCAUUCCAGAGUGUGAAUUACUUGAUGGGAACAUGGCCAUUUGGUACAAUCCUUUGUAAGAUCGUUAUGUCCAUAGACUACUACAAUAUGUUCACAAGUAUCUUUACACUCUGCACCAUGAGUGUGGAUCGCUACAUAGCUGUUUGCCACCCAGUCAAGGCUCUUGAUUUUCGCACUCCCAGAAAUGCCAAAAUUGUCAAUGUCUGCAACUGGAUUCUUUCUUCAACCAUAGGUCUGCCAGUUAUGUUCAUGGCAACCACAAAAUACAGGCACGGUUCCAUUGACUGCACACUUAUGUUCUCUCACCCAGCUUGGUACUGGGAGAACCUACUGAAAAUCUGUGUAUUCAUCUUUGCCUUCAUCAUGCCAGUCCUGAUCAUUACCGUGUGCUAUGGCUUGAUGAUUUUACGCCUGAAGAGUGUCCGCAUGCUGUCUGGCUCCAAAGAGAAGGAUAGGAACCUGAGGAGAAUCACGAGAAUGGUCCUUGUAGUGGUGGCGGUGUUCAUUGUCUGCUGGACUCCCAUCCACAUUUAUGUCAUCAUUAAAGCCUUGAUCAAUAUUCCAGAAACUACGUUCCAAACAGUCUCCUGGCACUUCUGUAUCGCUUUAGGAUACACAAAUAGCUGCCUUAAUCCAGUCCUUUAUGCAUUUCUAGAUGAAAACUUCAAAAGAUGUUUCAGAGAAUUCUGCAUUCCCACUUCCUCCACUAUUGAGCAACAAAACUCCACCCGCAUCCGACAAAACACUCGUGAUCAUGCCUCCACUGCCAAUACUGUGGAUAGGACUAACCAUCAGUUGGAACUUCUGGAAGCUGAAGCCACACCACUGCCAUGA